AUGGAACCUAAUUCUGUUGGUCCUAAUAGUUCUUCAAGUAAUGAUGAAAAUCACUUGUCAAAGCCAAGUUGCAGUAAGGAAACUUCGUGUUCAAGAGAUGGUGCUAGCAAGAAUCCGGAAGCGAAAAAAACAAAAGCUGAUUUUUUAUUUUUGAAUGAAAUUGGAGAUGGGUCUUUUUCCACUGUUUAUACUGUUAAAGAACGGAGUACUGGACGAGAGUUUGCUGCCAAAGUUUGCACGAAAAAGCUUAUAAUAAAAGACCGGAAAGUUCAGCAGAUUUAUCGAGAAAAGGAAGCCUUGGCGAGGCUUUCGAAAACUGGUAAUCUUCAUCCGUUUAUAAUUCAAGUUUACUGCACGUUUCAAGAUCCCGAGUCGUUAUAUAUAGUUACUACUUUAGCAAAAGGUGGUGAGUUACUGGAAAAACUCAAGAAGCAAAAAGUUUUUUCAUUGGAAACGACCAGGUUCUACGUAAGUGAAAUAGUCGCAGCACUCGCUCAUAUGCAUGGAUUAAAAAUUAUCCACAGGGAUUUAAAACCUGAAAAUAUCCUUCUUUCUGAAUCUGGUCAUAUACUAAUUUCCGAUUUUGGCUCCUCCAAAAUAUUGGAUUAUGUAGACACGAUGGCUGAGGUGGACACAAGGGUUAAGCGAAAGUGUUCUUUCGUCGGUACGGCUCAGUACGUUAGUCCUGAAGUUUUACUCGGUGAGCCUGUCGAACAAGCGUGUGAUUACUGGGCUUUAGGUGUCAUUAUCUACCAAUUUGUAACUGGCAAGUUUUUGUUCGAUGAAGUAAGUGAAUAUUUGAUAUACCAGAAGAUUAUCAAGGCAAAUUAUGAGCUACCGGAAGAUUUUCCCCCUUCAGCUGGUGAUUUGGUGAAGAACCUUGUUGUUGUAGAUAUUAAAGAAAGAUUAGGGUCUACAUUUUGUGGUGGAGCAUCAAAAGUUAAAUCACAUGUAUUUUUUAAUGGCAUUGAUUUUGACUGCCUGCCAAACAUCUCUCCGCCGUCGUAA